UUCUCCUCUGGCUUAUUCCAUUUUCAUCUGAAUUUGACUUGUGAAUUACUUUUUUUUUUUUUAAACCUGAUUAAUGGACUUUAACACACCUAUUCUGUUUUAGUUACCUGCUUAAAAUGUAGAUCUACCACUAAUUAGAAUAUGAGAAAGUUACUUGACCUCUGAUUCUCGGGUUUCUUAGUAAAAUUGAGAUACUGAUACAUACCUUGAAGAAUUGCUGCAGGAAUCAAUAAGAUAAUGUUUGUAAACACAACCAAUACAAUGCUUGCAUAAGCUAAUAAUGCAGUUAGAAUAAUUUUGUUCAUUUGUUGGUGGUGAAUCGUUCAUAACUGACCACUUGUGGGAAUUUACCACGAUUGGCAUUCUUUGCAGUCCGUGAAACUGCUCUUCUCCGUUAACGGUGACUCAGAAUAUUUUUUUUUCUAAGAGACAACUGUGGUAGAGUUUUUCUUCUUGUCAAUAAAAUGAAAGUUUAAAAUGUCUCCAGUCUUCAGUCUCCUGUGUUCAAGGAGUGAGCACUUGCAGGCCAGAUGACUCUGGUUUUUGAGUUGAGGUGAAUACAGAUGAAAUUUAUCAGUGUGAGGUCAUUAGGACCUGGAUGUCUUGAAGUUACUAUGAACCGAAGGACAUUUUUCCAUUACAAGCACAAAUUGGAGAACAGGGAUUCAGUGGGAUUAAAGAAAGUGGUACAACUUCUGGAGGAAGUGGCAAGGAGAUGUACAAAUAAGACAGAUUUGUUUGUGGAAGUUGAGGAUGGUAAGAAAAUUCCUAAGUGCCUUCAGUCUACUUAACAAGUAAUCAUCUAAUGAAACAAAACAGAGCUGACACUUGCUAUUCUCUAGGGAGUGUCUGUGACUAAGAAUAAUUGACCGCUUGUCUUAUAAGCAGCCUAGGUUUGUCAGGAUGGAAGGACUUGUGCAUGCAGAGCAGAACCAGAAAGCGUUCUUGUCUUAAAGAAUUUUCCAACACAGUGGAGAUGUAUCGGAUAGUAUAUUUGGCACACCUAAAUAUGUAAACCAGAGUGCUGUCCUCUUUAGAGUCUCAUGUAAUUGUGACAUCCAUAAAUUCCUUGCUUCACUUUCAUCCAAGGGAUGCUACUUUUGAAAUUAUCUGGCCACAGUGUCACAGCUUGCAAUGAACUUACGAGUGGUAAGUGGUAAGCUGCUCUUCAGUCUGUGUGUUACUCCUGUCCUUUUAGAUUCCGGAGUUUCCCACUCGGUUAACACUGGUGACAGACCACAUGGCAGCUCUUGCUUGCAUGUCUCCUAAGUCGCACCUGAGAGACUGGGAGACUGGCUGUUAGCAUCUGUGUUUUAAGGUAGUCGUAAUUGCAUUACUACUAAAAAUAGGUUUUUGAGAGCUCAUCCUCCCUCCCACUGUCACACACCGGUUGCCCGGAUUUGGAAAAUUAAUCUCUGAAAAAAGAUUUUUAAUGAAAAAAUGGCAGCCGUAACUAUUCAGAGUCAUUAAUUAACAUGCUUAGAAAGUUGCGAAGUGUUUGGAAGUAACCAAAACAAGGCUUAAUAAGAGGCUCACUAAGGUGAAAUUUGACUUCUGGAUGUUUAUAAUGGCAGGACUUUGAUGCUUUGAUCUAAGACCAGCAGAAUUCUUCUGUGGUCUCCAGUGGAUCUUCAUGUCACUUUCUUGUGUAGGAAUUUGUUUAAAUACGUUUUCUGAGGAUUCAGUUGAAGUAGAGUUCCUGGCAGCAGAGUAGGUAGUUUAAAAAGUGUUUUCAAACCUGCAAAAGUUGGAGAGAGAUGUUAUUCAUCCUCACUUUCUUUUUGUUCUAGGAUUAUUUUGGUUAGUGUGAGUUUUAUUUAGCUACAUUUGACCCAUUUGAAACUGAACAUCAAGGGCUAACUGCUAUUUUAAAACAGGAAAAAUAAAUCCAGGGGCACCUCACCUGUUUUUUUCUACAGGUCUAAUAUCUCAAAACGAAGUUAGUUCCUAAUGAAGUAGCUGGGGAAAAGAAAUCUUUGUUUGGAACCAGAUCACAGAGCUUUAUAACUCUGAGGUAUUUGUCUGAGACCAAAAUAGAUGGAGAAAACCCAUCUCUGUUUUUAUAUUCAUUGUAAUGACAUUAUACUUGUAUAGCAAAUUUUAACUUGUUUUUUUUCCUGGUCUGCCUUAACAGUGGAUAAGGAUGUAUCAUUUUCCUUAAUGAGCAGUAUAAUAGUCUUUGUGCUUUUGUUAGGCACUGUUUAGAGUUGAUGCUGCUUAUGGUUGUAUUUUACUUGUUCCAGAGCACUGUCUCUACCUGCGUUCAUAACUUUUUAACAGGUACUGUUCAUAGGAUUGUUUUUCCACCCGGAAAUGCGAGUGUAUGUCCUUCUUCUCCUUCAGUGCUAAGCCAGUAUGCGGAUUGUCUGCUGUUCUACUUUCUUGGGUAACAGGUGCUGACUUUGGAGUACUUUUUAAAGCACUAGGCAUGGUAAUUUCUACUUUUUGGGACCUCAAAACCAAGAAGCUACAGGGAAUCCUAUGUCAAUAAAGUGAAAUCUCUUCCAUUGUGCUUUUGCAUUUGGAGACUCCUGUAUUUCCCCGUACACAAGGAGUGUAGAACUAGUGUGGUCAUUAUGAACGUGACAAGUUUAUUUUCCUUCACAAGUCCAGCUGUGAAGAGACUUCUUGGGUGGAAACAGGGUGAUGAAGAAGAAAAAUGGGCAGAGAAAGCUGUUGAUGCUUUGGUGAAAAAACUGAAGAAAAAGAAAGGUGCCAUGGAGGAACUGGAAAAGGCCUUGAGCUGCCCAGGGCAGCCAAGUAACUGUGUCACCAUCCCCCGCUCUCUGGACGGCAGGCUGCAAGUUUCCCACCGGAAGGGACUGCCUCAUGUCAUUUACUGCCGAGUGUGGCGUUGGCCUGAUCUUCAGAGCCACCAUGAACUAAAACCACUGGAAUGCUGUGAGUUUCCUUUUGGUUCCAAGCAGAAGGAAGUGUGCAUCAAUCCCUACCACUAUAAGCGAGUAGAAAGUCCUGUUCUUCCUCCAGUGCUGGUUCCAAGACACAGUGAAUAUAAUCCUCAGCACAGCCUAUUAGCUCAGUUCCGUAACUUAGGACAAAAUGAGCCUCACAUGCCACUCAACGCAACUUUUCCGGAUUCUUUCCAGCAACCCAAUAGCCAUCCGUUCCCUCACUCCCCCAGCAGCAGCUACCCCAACUCUCCUGGAAGCAGCAGUGGCACCUACCCGCACUCCCCCACCAGCUCAGACCCAGGAAGCCCUUUCCAGAUGCCAGCUGAUACGCCCCCGCCUGCUUACCUGCCUCCUGAGGACCCCAUGACCCAGGAUGGCUCCCAGCCAAUGGACACAAAUAUGAUGGCACCUUCACUGCCCUCAGAAAUCAACAGAGGAGAUGUUCAGGCGGUCGCUUAUGAGGAACCAAAACACUGGUGCUCUAUUGUCUACUAUGAGCUCAAUAAUCGUGUGGGCGAAGCGUUCCAUGCCUCCUCCACAAGUGUGUUGGUGGAUGGUUUCACCGAUCCUUCCAACAAUAAGAACCGUUUCUGCCUUGGGCUGCUCUCCAACGUUAACCGGAAUUCCACUAUUGAAAACACCAGGCGGCAUAUUGGAAAAGGAGUGCAUCUUUACUAUGUGGGAGGGGAAGUGUAUGCUGAAUGCCUCAGCGACAGCAGCAUCUUUGUGCAAAGUCGGAACUGCAACUACCAUCAUGGAUUUCACCCCACUACUGUUUGCAAGAUCCCUAGUGGGUGUAGUUUGAAAAUUUUUAAUAACCAAGAAUUCGCUCAGUUAUUGGCACAGUCUGUGAACCAUGGCUUCGAGACAGUCUAUGAGCUCACUAAAAUGUGUACUAUCCGCAUGAGCUUUGUAAAAGGUUGGGGAGCAGAAUAUCACCGCCAGGAUGUUACUAGCACCCCCUGCUGGAUUGAGAUCCACCUGCAUGGCCCCCUCCAGUGGCUGGAUAAAGUUCUUACUCAGAUGGGUUCACCUCACAAUCCUAUUUCAUCUGUGUCUUAAACAGCCUCAGGCUUCUGCCUCUUGAAAACUAUUGAGCCUUGCAUGUACUUGAAGGAUGGAUGAGUCAGACACGAUCAAGAACUGACAAAGGAGCCUUGAUAAUACUUGACCUCUGUGACCAACUGUUGGAUUCAGAAAUUAAAAAAAUAAAAAAAAACAAAAGCCUUGGUAACAUACUGUCGAUAUCGAGAACCUGUUUAGUUUACAUUGUAACAUUCUAUUGUAAAAUCAACUAAAAUGCAUACUUUUAGCAGGACUUCCUGUAUAGUUAAAGGAGAGAUGGCCAAGCCAGGGACAAAUUAUCUAUUUGGUCCUAAGAGAAAUGGUCCUAAGAGAUUCUUUUGUGUUUGGCACUUUAAGGUCAUCGUUUGGCAGAAGUUUAGCAUUAAUAGUCUUUCUGAAGUGUGUUUUUAUCAGGUUUAGAACCCAUGUUGAGUCUUAUUUUCAUGGGUUUUCAUAAUAUUUUAAAACUAUUUGUUUAGUAAUGGGUUUUGUUUGUUUUUUAAGUAAAGUUUAACCUGAUGAUAUACAUAGUAAUCUUUCUAAAAUUGUACGCUGACCAUACUGCUGUCAGAAUAAUGUUAGGUAUAUGCUCUUUGCUAAAUAUAUAUGUACAGAAUAUUUGGAAGUUAAGAAUGGAUUAGACUAGUGGACUUAGUAUUUGAGGGGGUGGGGGAGAGGGAAAUGACAACUGCAAAUGUAGAAUAUACUGUAAAAAGUCAGUUUGUGACUUUCAAGAAACAAACUGAUGCCUGAAUUUUGCUGUGUUUCAAUUUUUUAGACAUUUUAUCCUUUUCUUUUUUUUCUUUUUUUUUUUU